GUCAAACGGAAUUUCUCCACGUAACGCAGGUGUGCGUUUCAUCGGCUUAUUUCCCGAUUUUGCUGAUAUAAUAUCAAAAACCGGCUGAAAUGGUUUUUUAAAAACAAAUUCUAAUUAAAUAUUCUCUAAGAAAAUUUAGUACAUCGAUCCAGUUUCGGCCAGAAUGAAGGCUGUGAAACUGUUUUUAAUUGCUGUAUUGGCAAUCAAUAGUACUUUAGGGGUGGAUAGGAACAAUUUCAAAACAUGUGAACAAUCAGGUUUCUGUAAAAGAUUACGAGCUUUAAAACCAGAGAAGUCGCAAUAUUCUCUGAAUAUAGAUAGUGUAUUUGUGCAUGGAAAUGUUCUUUCAGCUGAAAUUGUUACCAUAAAUACGGAAGGAGAGAAGAAAAAUAUCUUGUGGCAUUAUGCACUAAGACUGUCAGCGUUAGUCGAUGGUACGUUCAGAGUGGAAAUUGAUGAAGCAGAUCCUCUGUAUCCUAGAUACAGGACCCAGUUGGCUCUCAAUGGAGAACCUAAGGGCGAUGAAUUGAAACUACUAUCCAACGAAGCUGGAAAGCUUACACUCAAGAACUCGCAAGGUCACAAAGUGGUGAUCACCGCUGAGCCUCUGAAAUUGGAGUUCCUCGAUAAGAACGGUGAAACGGCUGUGGUGUUGAAUGAAAAUGCUCAGCUGUUUGUGGAACCUCUAAGGGUGAGGCGAUCUGAUGAUGAGGAGGGGAAUGAAGUCGAGGAGGAAGGUGCCUGGAGUGAGAAUUUCAAAUCUCACCACGACAGCAAGCCGCGGGGCAAUGAAGCUGUCUCACUCGACAUUGGUUUCCCUGAUGCUGACCAGGUUUAUGGUAUACCGGAACACACAGACAAUUUCCACUUGAAAACGACGACAUCUGGCGAACCAUACAGAUUGUACAAUUUGGAUGUAUUCGAGUUUGAGUUGGAUAGUCGGAUGGCGUUGUAUGGAGCCAUACCGGUUAUGUAUGCUCAUGGUUCAAAACGCACAGUAGGAGUAUUUUGGCAUAAUUCAGCGGAAACAUGGACUGACGUGGUCAACUAUGCCGAUGGUACAGUGGUUGCGUCCCUUGUGAGCUUGGUCACGGGUUCGCAGAACAGACGGGUUGACGCUAGAUUCAUGAGCGAGAGCGGUAUAGUGGAUGUGUUCGUGAUGCUGGGGGACACGCCCACUGAUGUGUUCAGGCAGUAUACUGCUCUUACUGGCCCUGCGCCCUUGCCACCUAAAUUCUCUCUAUCAUACCACCAAUCUCGUUGGAAUUACGUAGACGAAGCAGACGUUCGUUCCGUGGACGAAGGCUUCGACCAGCACGAUAUUCCACUUGAUGUUAUUUGGCUGGACAUUGAAUAUACUGAUGGGAAGAAAUAUUUCACAUGGGACCCGAUAAAGUUCUCGACCCCCGCAGAAAUGGUCUCCAAUCUCACAGCCAAGGGUAGGAAAAUGGUGGUCAUUAUUGACCCCCAUAUUAAGAGGGAAGCGGGGUAUUUCUUACAUGAGGAUGCAACGGAACAAGGCUUGUAUGUUAAGGACAAGGAUGGCAAGGAUUAUGAUGGUUGGUGUUGGCCAGGAUCAUCAUCGUACUUGGACUUUUUCAACCCGGCAGCUCACAAGUACUAUGCGGAGAGGUUCUUGUUCGAAAACUUCCCCGGGACAAGUAAAGAUGUACAUUUGUGGAACGAUAUGAAUGAGCCUAGUGUGUUCAGCGGUCCGGAAAUAACGAUGCCCAAAGAUUGUCGUCACUACAAACCGCCGCAAGACGGACAAGACGGUAUCGCCGCGUUUUGGGAGCACAGGCAUGUGCACAACGAAUACGGUCUAUCCCACAUUCGUGCAUCCCACGAAGGUAUGGUGCAAAGAACGGACGGCAAAUAUAGACCUUUUAUAUUAUCCAGAUCGGUGUUCGCUGGGACUCAGAGAUACGCAGCAGUAUGGACAGGUGACAAUAUGGCGGAAUGGGGCUUUUUGGCUGCGUCAAUAACGAUGUGCCUCUCGCUAGCGAGCGCCGGUGUUUCUUUCUGCGGUUCGGAUGUUGGCGGUUUCUUUAAAUAUCCUGAAGCUGAAUUAAUGACAAGGUGGUAUCAGGCGGGCGCGUUCCAACCGUUCAUGCGGGCACACUCACAUAUUGAAACCAAAAGACGUGAACCGUGGCUAUAUGAUGCAACCACUUUAGCUAGGAUCAGGGAUGCUGUGAGGAGGAGAUACGCUUUAUUGGACUUUUGGUACACGCUGUUCUACGAACACUCGAUAGAUGGCGCCCCAGUGAUGCGGCCGCUGUUCCAACACUAUCCUAAAGAGCAGGACACGUAUACUAUCGACGAUGCUUAUUUGUUGGGUGACAAACUCCUAAUCCGACCCGUUGUCGAGCCCGGCGUGUCUUCCGUAAAAGUGUACUUGCCGGGAAUCGAAUCUCGCACCCUGUGGUACGAUGUGGACACUUUCCAACCGCACAGAGCGAACGGGUAUAUUAACCAGGAGGUUACUAUGGCUAAGAUCCCAGUAUACCAACGCGGCGGUAGUAUAAUACCUCGCAAGGAGCGAGUCCGAAGAUCUUCACCGCUCAUGGAAAACGAUCCCUAUACGUUUGUGGUGACUUUGGAUGAUAAUAACACAGCAAGCGGCACCCUGUAUAUAGACGACGGUGAAACUUACGAGUACAAGAACAACAAAUACAUUUACGCUAAAAUCACUUACGAGCCGACAUCCAUGAAAUAUACUAUCACCAACGGCUCCUACGCGACUCGCACUUGGCUGGAACGCAUCGUGAUAGCGGGCAUAAAGUCGCCUCCCAAAUCGGCGAAACUCAUCCAAAACGGUCGAGCCACGCCGCUACAGAUGACAAUACAUCGCGGUAACGAUGUACUCGUCGUGAGGAAACCCGCGGCACAAAUGAGUGCAGAUUGGGAAAUACAGUUUACGUUUUAGUGUAAUGUAGUGUGAGAGCGUGUGGACUUUUUUUGUAUGUAAUUUAAUAAAAAAUAAAUAAAAAUCUGAGGAAUUUGAUUUCAAUUUGAUUAAAAUUAUUGUGAACUUAUAUGGAAUUAAAAUAAUAAAAAUCUGUAUAAUUUUCAACUGUGAUUGAGUAAAAAUUAUGUUAAAGGUAUUUUGUAGUUGUGAAUCACUGCCCUUACUUACACAGUAGAUUUUGCGGUUUGUAUUAUUUAAUCAUAUGCAAGGUUUAUUAAACUUCGCUUACGAUAUACUGGAAAUUAUUCUAGUAUUAUAUUA